AUGCUUCGCGCUACCGUUGCCCGCAACGCCCGCCUCUUCACCACCUCGGCUCGUUUCCAGAAGAGCACCGUCGACAGUGUCAAGGACGCUGCGAAGAAGGUCGACAGGACCGUUUCCAAUGCAGCUGUGAAGGGCAUUGAGAAGGGCGAGGAAGCCGCCAGCAAGGUCAAGGACGCUACCGGUGUUGGCAAGCAGAAGGCAGACGGCAUCGCCGCCGAGGCAAAGGGCAAGGCACACGAGGUGGCCGGAGAGGCCAAGGGCAAGGCUAGCGAGCUCAGCGGCAAGGCAAAGGGUGCAGCUGAGGAGGCGAAGGGCAAGUUGUAA